UUCGGCGGCGGCGGCGGCGGCGGCGGCGGAGGAGCCCAGGAUGGAGACAGACCCGCAGGGAGGGGAAGAGCUGGCCGGGCGGGAGGGUGCCGGGGCGGCCGCGGGGCCCCGACGCUUGAGCCCGGAUGCGCGCAUGAACCCCCUGGAAGCCAUCCAGCUGGAGCUGGACACGGUGAACGCUCAGGCCGACAGGGCCUUUCAGCAGCUGGAGCAUAAAUUUGGGCGGAUGCGUCGUCACUACCUGGAGAGGAGAAACUACAUCAUCCAGAACAUCCCGGGCUUCUGGGUCACGGCCUUCCGCAACCACCCGCAGCUGGCGCCCAUGAUCCGCGGCCAGGACGCAGAGAUGCUGAGAUACGUAACCAAUCUGGAGGUAAAGGAGCUCAGGCACCCCAGGACCGGCUGCAAAUUCAAGUUCUUCUUCCGAAGAAACCCCUACUUCAGGAACAAGCUCAUCGUCAAGGAGUAUGAGGUGAGAGCCUCUGGCCGCGUGGUGUCUCUGUCCACGCCCAUCGUCUGGCGCCGCGGCCACGAGCCCCAGUCCUUCAUUCGCAGGAGCCAAGACGUCGUCUGCAAUUUCUUCACCUGGUUUUCAGACCAUAGCGUCCCAGAGUCCGACAAGAUUGCUGAAAUCAUCAAGGAGGAUUUGUGGCCAAAUCCACUGCAGUAUUACCUGUUGCGCGAAGGAGUCCGUAGGGCCAGGCGUCGCCCAAUUAGAGAGCCCGUAGAGAUCCCCAGGCCCUUCGGCUUCCAGUCUGGUUGAGCUCUGCCGGGGAAGUAUGCCCAAGCCCCCUGCCAGCUCCGGCUGGGCCUGUGCUUGGACGACAGAGACGGGUAUGCCUGCCACCUUUUUCCCCCCCUCCCUUCCUGACGUUUCUACAACCUUUUUCCUCCGGACAUUCAGUUUUCUCAACCUAAGAUUGAAACUUUCAAGGCCGCCCUCCUUCCUUUCCACUGGCCGUCGUGCCGUUCUGCAUUACCGGCUCGCGCUGCCUGGCCGUGAUUCACGUCGCUCCUCAGCCAAGCAAAUGAUGCUGUAACUUGCAUUACCUUUUGUGCACUGCAUGGACCGUUUGUUUCCAGGGCCUUUGGUCUGGCUCUUAACCAUCUGGAAUCCUAGCUUUGCCCAGGAGCUCAUUCUACCCACCUUGCUCUGUAGUACAGGCAUGGAGCCUAUGCACACUUGUGGGGCGGAGGGAGCAGCAACGCGCCACUUGGUCUCUGAUUUAUGCGACUCCACUGCUCUUCUUGCACCUGUGGUCACCUCCUACUGCCCACUACUGGCCAUGCCCACCCACCUUGGGCUGCUACCUACUGGUGAAUACCUAGCAGAUUAUUGUUGGCCCCAUUAUGUUGUUUCUGGUCAACAGGAAUCCCUAGAACUGCUGGUGGACCCAGGGUUCCUGCCCCCAAAAGAACUCCUUGAUUCCUCAGCUCCUCUUCCCUUCACUUUCAUGAUCUAGAACAAUGUCAAGCUAGUGGUUAAAGUGACAAGUGAGACCUUAUUCUCUUGGCAGGAGCAAGGAUGAUGAUGUCCAUUCUAAGUACCAGGCUUUCUCAGCCUCACCUAUUAAAUUCACACAACACCUAGGUAUACCUCUUGUGCCUCUUCUCCUUACCCUGAAUGUGAUUAAAUGCCAGGGUGGCAGUACACUUUCCCUCCAUCUAUCUCCUGUCUCUUUAGGAAAAAAAAAGUUAUAUUUCAAAAGCAUCUGCAAAAGCAAGCCUUUUAUUUUAAUUUGGCUUUAGCUCUUCAUUACUUAGGGACAGGUGCCCUGUAAAAUAGUCCACUGGAAGCUCUUCCCUCUGCUCUCUUCCCAACCCUCAGCCCCCUUCAGCGACACCUAGAGGGCUUAAAGGGAGACACAUCUAAAUGAAAGGAAAAGGGAUACCCUAGUACAUGGUGGAUGGAAGAAGUAGUUUUGAUGGGUAACCUGAGCGAGGGAAACAGAAGACCACAGUCAAAAAUGAGCAAGAUAAAAAUUGGGCUAAGAUUAAGUAAGACUGGCUGACAGAGCCUUCAAAUUAGAGGUUUUUUUCUGUCAGUAGUAAUGGGAGGAGAAACACUUUUUCUCAGGAUUUUCAUGGGAGAAUGGAAGGAGAUUGGGAGUGUUAAAUGUAUUGCGUAGAUAAGAGUUCUUUAAAGAAACAAAGCAACUUUGAGUGCCUUCUCUUGUUUUCAUUUGACUUAAUUUAUGCAGAAGAUUAAUACUGUUGUUAUUUCUCUGGUGUUUAGUAAAAUAACUUUCUGCUUACUGGGGAAAUUUGAGCUGUACAGGCUUUCUUUUUGCUUUCAAUUGGGAAUGGUUGAAAAAAUAACAAUUUUACUUUCUGGUAAGAUACAGAGAUUUACAUGAAAAUGAGAUUUUUUGACUUCUUGUUUCUGUUUAAACUGUAUCCUUAGAAAUAUAAUUUGAAUAAGUUGGUUUUGUCAGAUUCUGAAGACUGGGAAUUGUCUUCAUAGAAAAAAUAACCUACAAGAGAUGUUUGGUUUGAGUGUCUUACUUUACCCUGGUAACAACUUAGUAAUUGAUGUGUCUUUUUUCCUAAAUAUACUUUGUGAGAUUGCUCUGUCAAACUGGAAAUGUACCAUUGGCAUAUUUGUUUUUCCUUAUAUGUGUUGUUGUAAAAUAAAAGCAUGUUACUCUGCUAGA